AUGACAAGUCAUGAACAACGCGCUGAGCUACACAACAAAAUAUGGAAAAUCGCUAACGAUGUCAGAGGUGCAGUCGAUGGAUGGGACUUUAAGCAGUAUGUGCUUGGCUCUCUCUUCUACCGCUUCAUCAGUGAAAAUUUCACUAGCCACAUGGAAGCUGGUAAUAAGAGCAUCAAUUAUGCUGAGUUUUCUGAUGAUGCCAUCACUCCCGAAAUCAAACACGAAGUAAUUAAAGAAAAGGGCUACUUUAUCUCCCCUAGUCAGCUUUUCGUUAAUGUCGUUAAAAAUGCCAAUAACAAUGAAAGUUUGAAUACCGACCUCGCCACUAUAUUUAAAGAAAUCGAAAAAUCAGCAAGUGACUACGAUUCCGAAGAUGAUAUCAAGGGUCUGUUUGGCGAUUUUGAUACCACCAAUAUUCGUCUUGGCAGCACAGUGAAAGAAAAAAACUCCCGCUUGAGUGCUGUUCUUAAAGGAGUUGCUGAGUUGAAUUUUGAGGAUUUUAAUGGCAGUCAGAUUGAUCUAUUUGGUGAUGCCUAUGAGUUUCUCAUUCAUAACUAUGCCGCAAACGCGGGAAAGUCUGGUGGUGAGUUUUUCACUCCACAACAUGUAUCCAAAUUACUUGCAAAGCUGGCGAUGCAUAACAAAACCAGGAUUAAUAAAAUUUAUGACCCCGCUUGUGGGUCUGGUUCAUUGUUGCUGCAAGCCAAGAAAAUUUUUAAUGAUGAUAUUGUGGAUGAAGGUUUUUUCGGUCAAGAACUCAAUCACACCACCUACAACCUUGCCCGCAUGAACAUGUUUUUGCAUAACAUUGGCUAUAAUAAGUUCUCUAUUAAGCGAGGCGAUACACUUAUGAAUCCACAUUUUGGCGAUGGCGAGCCUUUUGAUGCGAUUGUUUCUAAUCCGCCUUAUUCGGUGAAGUGGAUUGGGUCGGACGAUCCAACACUGAUUAAUGAUGACCGCUUUGCCCCAGCCGGUGUGCUCGCACCAAAAUCCAAGGCAGAUUUUGCCUUUAUAAUGCAUGCACUCAGUUAUUUGUCCAGCAAGGGGCGUGCAGCCAUUGUCUGUUUUCCCGGUAUUUUCUAUCGCGGUGGCGCAGAACAGCAAAUCCGAAAAUACCUCGUAGAUCAUGAUUAUAUAGAAACGGUGAUUUCCCUUGCGCCUAAUCUUUUUUAUGGCACCAGCAUUGCGGUAACGGUUUUGGUGCUGGCGAAAAACAAGCCCGAUACCAACAUCCAGUUUAUCGAUGCUAGCGGUGAAGAAUUUUUCAAAAAAGAAACCAAUAAUAAUGUGAUGACUGAUGAGCAUAUUAAAAAAAUCAUGGAUGUGUUUGAUAGUAAGAAAAAUAUCGCUCAUAUCGCCCAAUCUGUCCCUCUUAAAAAGAUCAAGGAGAAUGACUAUAAUUUAUCAGUGAGCAGUUAUGUAGAGGCAAAGGACACACGCGAGGUGAUUAAUAUUACGGAGUUGAAUUCGGAGAUUAAAACGACAGUUAAGAAAAUUGAUAGGCUUCGUAGCGACAUUGAUAAAAUUAUUGCACAGAUUAAUAAAUGA